AUGAGCAAUCAUACAGAGCUGACUGAGUUCAUUCUGCUGGGAAUACCUGAGACACAGGGAGCAGAGACUUUGCUUUUUGUCAUUUUCUUAUUCAUAUACUUCAUCACCCUGCUUGGCAAUUUACUCAUCCUCAUUGCAGUUGUUUCUUCCCCUACCCUUCACACCCCCAUGUAUUUCUUCUUGGGAAUCCUCUCUACUUUUGACAUGCUGUUCCCAUCUGUCACCUGCCCCAAGAUGCUGUUCUAUCUCUCUGGCCAGAGCCACGCCAUUUCUUAUCACGGAUGUGCCGCCCAGCUCUUCUUCUACCAUUUCUUAGGUUGUACUGAAAAUUUCUUGUUUUGUGUGAUGGCUUAUGACCGCUUUGUUGCCAUCUGCCACCCACUGAGGUAUAAUCUCAUCAUGAGAUCUGGAGUCUGUGUUGGUUUGGUCCUGGGAAUCUGGUGGUUGGGUUGUCUUCAUGCCAGCAUCCUGACUUCCUUAACCUUUAAGUUGAGUUACUGUGGCUCCAAUCAGGUCGACUACUUCUUCUGUGACAUUCCUGCUGUCUUACCCCUGGCCUGUGAUGACAGCUCCCUGGCCCAGACCGUGGGUUCCACUAAUGUUGGCUUUCUGGCCUUAAUGCUUUGGUCCAUUCUUUGUGUCUCUUACACACGCAUUGGGAUUGCCAUUUUGAGAAUCCGUUCAACAGAGGGCAGGAAGAAAGCUUUCUCUACCUGCAGUGCCCACCUGGCUGCAGUCCUCUGUGCCCUAGUACCUGUAAUCAUCAUCUACCUGGAGCCCAAACCCAAACCAUUCACUGAUGCUGUAGUGCAGAUAUUAAAUAAUAUUGUCUCACCCAUGCUGAACUCAUUAAUCUAUUCUUUAAGAAACAAGGAAGUGAAAAGGUCUCUGAAAAGAGUGUUCCACAGAACAGUACUUACUUCUCUGGAAUAA